AUGGCUAGCGGCGAAAAGGACCUUUCGGUCUUACUAUCCACAAUGGAGCCUAGCCUGGACCCCACAGUCUACUUGUUCAUCACCACCAAGAAGGCUCUGCAUUCCCUGCCGCUGGCGACUCUUCAGCCUCAGUUGAUCGCCUGUGAGGCCGAGGGUACUACCAUCGUCACAAGUGAGGAGUUGGCUGCAACUCAUGGCUUCGAAGGGAUCUUUCCAUGCAAGAAAAUCUCACUCACAGUCCACUCCAGUCUGGAUGCGAUCGGGUUGAUUGCAGCAAUCACCAAUCGUCUCAAGGACCAUGCAAUCAGCACCAAUGUUGUCAGUGGAUACUUCCAUGACCAUAUUUAUGUACAGGCCGGUCGGGCGGAGGAUGCAAUGCGAGUUUUGGAGGAGUUGAUCGCUGAGUCGAAACAAUGA